GAUCCGAUCCGAUUUUUCCCCGCGCCAGCCAUGUACGAGGAACCCUCAAUCGUGGACCUGGUGAAGGACAAGAGUGGUGCAGAGCUCUUCAAGGAGAUGUACCGGCUUCUCCCGACCCUGUCCUUUGAGGACUACUUCAAGAACGGAGUGUGGCAGAAUGACAUGAUGCGAUUGGACAUCGAAGUCAUUGAUGCGCACAGACGCGAGGCCGGAGCGCCUGACCCUCCGGCCAUGGAGGAAGUGGACUUCCCCCCAUUGCCAGGGAACUCCCAGGCAAGCAGCCUGGGCGGCCUGAUGAGGGCCCUAGUGCCUGGCGGCACACCUGUGGUGGUGCCACCCGGGGGCAGUCCCGUGGCGGCGUUGGCGCGUGCUGCCACCGGCAUGCAGGAUCCGAGCCUCAUGGGUGAGGCCACGGCGCCUGCAGAGGCCAAGGCCCCGGGCUUCCCCGCCGUGCCCUUGGCCGCGGCGGUGCCAAAGAUGGCGGCGCCGGCACCACUCGACAUGAAGGUCAUAGCGCUCUUCGUCUCCAAGUGGAAGCUGGACCCCUCCAAGGCCAAGGCGGCCUUGGAGAAGCUGAUGCCCUCCAGGCGCCGGUUCGUGAUGCAAAACUUCAAGCACGUGCCCAUGAACGGCUCUUCCUCCGAGAAGCUCCAGGAGUACAUUGCGCAAUGUGAGCAGACUGGCUGCUGGGAUGCAGCAACAGAAGCCGCUGCAGUGCCGGAUGCCGGCGGUGUGAAGCGACCCCUGGAGGGCUCGGACGAGGGGCCCAACAAGAGGCAAAACACAGGGGCGAUCACUUCCAAGAGCAUGGCGGCCGUCGCAUCCAAGGCUGCAUCCAAGGCCGCGGCAAAGAGCGCGGCCUGAAGCGGACCCUUUGGCAUAAAGCAUAAGACUCGGAAGGUACAAAUGCUGAGGAGUGACCUAAGGGUAGUGUGGAAGCCAGUUUCAAGUUGUGGG